AUGUCACGUGAUUCUUCAUCAGAAAGAGAGGAAGAAGGACAUGAGCAUAAGAUAUACAUAGACAAGCGAAUUUUAAACCAAGAUGGACAGUCUUUUAAUAAUGCUAACGAGACAGCACCAAAGUUUGAUACUGUAUAUGAAAUUAACGGUGAAAUAUUCCGUGAUGAAAAUCACAACGAUAACGGAUUGUUCUUCGAAUUUGAAGUUCAGUUAAAUAAUUGGAAUGAUACUGCAACGGCUGUGGAGAAAAUGGAAACAGAUGAUAUAUACUUAGAAAUGUCAAUUCAAGAAAACAAUGAAGGAAUUAUAAUAAAUUCUUGCAUUUUCCUAACUCUAAACCAAUGGAAUACAUUGAUCGUGGAUGAAAAUUACAAAUUCUGUUUCGUUUGUGACGAUGUCGUUGAAUCUCUUGUUCAUAUAAAAAUGGUUGCACAUAUGGAAAAUUUACAAAGAUGUAGACCUUUGAAAAAGUUUGAUCUGAGCAUCACGAGACUGAUCGGUGAAAGUUACCAUUGUGCUGUUUGUAACAUAACGUUUAAUAAAAAGAACGAUAGCAAUCAUUUUGAUAGCGAAAGUCAUAAAGGCAAAAUGGACCACGCAAGGAAUCGGGCGCUUGAAUUAACACAUUCAGACGAAAACGAAAAUAGCGAAAAUAGCAACAACGAGGUUCAUUUUGAUAGAAGUAGAAUAAAUAGUUUUAAUAGUAUUCUCGAAUACAAAAGCUGUGAAGAGUUUGACGAUUAUGACUUUAGUAACGAUGUUGAUGUCAAUAACGGAAAUAACGAUAAAAGUACUUCCUAUGCUUCAAUGGCGAAAAAGCCGAAUACUACCCCGAAAUAUAUAAAUGAUAUAUACUUAGAAAUGUCAAUUCAAGAAAACAAUGAAGGAAUUAUAAUAAAUUCUUGCAUUUUCCUAACUCUAAACCAAUGGAAUACAUUGAUCGUGGAUGAAAAUUACACAUUCUGUUUCGUUUGUGACGAUGUCGUUGACUCUCUUGUACAUAUAAAAAUGGUUGCACAUAUGGAAAAUUUACAAAGAUGUAGACCUUUGAAGAAGUUUGAUCUGAGCAUCACGAGACUGAUUGGUGAAAGUUACCAUUGUGCUGUUUGCAACGUAACGUUUGAUAAAAAUAACGAUAACGACCAUUUUGAUAGCGAAAGUCAUAAAGACAAAAUGGACCACGCAUGGAACCGGGCGCUUGAAUUAACACAUUCAGACGAAAACGAAAAUAACGAAUAUAACAACAACGAGGUUCAUUUAUAUAGAAAUAGAACAAAUAGUUGUAAUAGUAUUCUCGACUAUGAAAGCAGUGAAGGGUUUUACGAUUAUGAGUUUAGUAGCGAUGUUGAUUUGAAUAACGGAAGUAACGAUAAAAGUACUUCCUAUGCUUCAAUGGCGAAAAAGCCGAAUACUACCCCAAAAUAUAUAACUCAAGUUGUUGGGGGAAAAAAAUAUAAUAUAUUAUUUGAUCAUUGGCACAUGGUCAUAUAUCCUCGAUCUAACCAAUUUUAUUGUAUGACAUGUAAAAUAUUUGGCCACAUCUCUUUAAGGUCUACACAUUGUUUUGAAGAAAAUCAUAUAGAAAAUCUAAACAAGUGUAAUUUUGUUGAACAAUAUAAUCAAUACUUAAUAAGACAAAUGAUUUCAGAUUUCAAAUUUUAUCAUUGCGGUCUUUGCAAUGAAUUAAUAUUGAUAUCUCAUGUUGAAGAUCAUAUAGAUACCGUUCAUGAUAAGAAAUAUGAAAACAUAGACUAUUCAGCAGUAGACAAGAACAAUAAGAUUCAACAUAAAGUUAAAGAGAGAAAUAUAAAUAACGAUUAUUCAAUAAAUAGAAAUAAUGAUGUUUCAAUAAAUGGAAAUAACGAUGUAUCAAGAAAUAGAAAUAACGAUGAAUCAAAUAAAUUUCAGAAAAUUGAUAUGAUGAAUCACAAUAAAAUGGUUUUUUUCAGAGAAACAUUCGAAAUAAAUAAUGUAUCACCUGGCCUUUAUAAUGAUAUUAUUUUGAAUCAAUUCUCUUGCAAAUUAAGGAUUUCGUUUGUUGCUUAUAACGUUGUUUUGAAAGUAGGCCAGGGCUACUAUUGUGGAAUAUGCAAUUUAUCUACAAAUGAAAAUGUUAUGAAAUACCAUAUUGUCAGUUUGAAUCAUGUUGGGAAAUUACGGAACAUUCCAUUUGAGGCGUAUUUUGGUUCAAAUUUAAUAAGACUGAUAAACAAUAGGCCUCAUUGCACUAUUUGCAAUACUCUAUUUGAUGAAGUAUCUUUAACAUUACCACAUGUAGCCAGUGAGCUGCAUCUAGCUUUACUUAAUCAAGCUCUUAAAAUCCCAGACAUUCCCACACCAGUAAAACCUAAAGAUUCAAUAAACCAUGAGAAGCAAAUUGAUUCAAAUCAACUCAUGAAUCAACCUAAAAUGGAUACGCAAGACAAUAACAUUAAAUCAAACGAACAUUCAGAAUCACUUGACGAUUCAAUACAAUCAAUUGAAAAUUAUGAACAUGAGUUCCUUUAUUUGAAUUUUAAAAAUAAAAAUUCUAAAGUUACGUUUAAUUCGUAUCAUAGCUUAGUAGCUAUAGGGGAUGGGACGAGAUAUUGUUUUGUUUGUUCAAGUCAAAUAGUUGGAUGUACCAAACAGCAUAUAGAGAGUAAGGCCCAUACAAUCUCAAUGGAAAAAUGUAAAUUUUUAGACAAAUUUGAUAAGCAUUUAUUAAGACAGAUGUUCCUUCUUUAUCAUUGCUGUACAUGUAACGUGAUAUUUUCAAAAAAAUAUCUCAAUUCACAUCUUACGUGGCCCAUACAAGAAGCCAAAACGAGCAAGAAAAUGAGAAAAGCUGAUUUUAAUUCUGGCAUCAAACUUUUGCACGUUCAGACACAAAAGGAGGAGAUUUACUUGAAAAUGCAAGAAUCUAACAUAGAAAUUAUUGGUAGAAUCGAUAUAAAACCAAAAUCAAAUAAUAUUGAAAUCAAGAAAGAGAACAAAAUUAUAAUUCUUGAUUCUGUUGUUUUGAAAUUAUCUUGGGACGCGUGGCAAGGAAUUGUAAGGAAGAAAAAUGAGAUUUUUUGUUGUUUAUGUGAUAAGGAUUUAAAGAAUUUUGAAUUAAACUCACAUAUAUACGAAGAAUGGCACGCGAAUGCUUUAGAAAGUACCUUCGAUAAGCAAUAUUUUCCUAAUUUAAUACGAAAAGUAAACGACACAACGCUAAAUUGCCUUAUUUGUAAUCUAGUUAUUCCUAACAAAAAACAUAUAAUUUUAGAACAUAUAAAUGGGAAAAAGCAUAAAAUUAACUAUGACACUAUACAGGAUAAUAGUGCGACUGUUAGUAGCUACUCGGAUUGUAAUGAUAAUGUUUUAUAUCUU